CUUUUAUCGUUGUUGUGGAGAAAAUGGUGGAUCCGCAUCCCGUGGGUUUCAGAUUCCGUCCGACCGACGAGGAGAUCUUCAACCCUUACCUCAAGUCGAAGAAUAUGGAUGGUAACACUAGUCAUGUAGAUGAAGUCAUUAGCACAGUCGACAUCUAUAGCUUCGAUCCCUUGGAGUUAGCUUGUAAGAAGGAGACGGACAAUGUUUUGUAUUUCUUCUGUCCGAAGGAUAACAGAUAUAACAGAGGAGAGAGACAGAGCAGGAAAACCAAGUCUGGUUCUUGGAAGAAAACCGGAGUUACAACGAACAUCAUGCGAAAGAGAGGAGAUUGCGAGAAGAUUGGUGAGAAAAGGGUCUUUGUGUUUCAGUACAGUAAGAUUCUUGGUGGAUCGAAACCUAAGUCCGAUUGGGUUAUGCAUGAAUAUGUCGCUACGUUCACCCCGAUGGUGACAUAUGCACUAUGUAAAGUAAUGUUUAAGGGUGACGCCAGUGAUUUACCUUCUUCUUCUGCUGCUGCUCCUGCUGGUGGUGGCGGCAGCGGUGGCAGCGGCGGUGGUGGUUGUAAGGGUGGUGGUGGCAGUGGCGGUGGCGGUGGUGGUUGUGAUGGUAGCAGUGGCAGUGGCGGUGGUGGUUGUGAUGUUCGUGGCGGCGAUGGCGAUGGUGGUGGUGACCGUGGCGGUGGUGGUUGUGAUGGUGGUGGCGGCAGUGGCGGUGGUUGUGAUGGUGGUGGCGAUGGCGAUGGCGAUGGUGGUUAUGAUGGUGGUGGCGGAGGUGGCGAUGGUGGUUGUGAUGGUGGUGGCGGCAGUGGCGGUGGCGAUGGUGGUUAUGAUGGUGGUGGCGGCGGUGGCGAUGGUGGUUGUGAUGGUGGUGGCGGCAGUGGCGUUGGUGGUGGUGAAGUUGAACAUACUCACUCGCUCAUCACUCCUACGAACAACCGUGGUGGAGGGAUGAGUGCAGAGGCAGAGACAGAGGUAGGUCAAAGAAAAUUCAAAAUAUAUCAUAGUCAUAUAGGAUCUGACCAACGACCUCGUUCGUGUUCUUCCCUUUCUUUCAGAGAUCUUCGUCUGAAUUACACAACCUGCGUCAGUUUAGUGGCUUUCUUCAUUUGGAGGAAGAGACUCAGAUGGAGGAUGCCAUUCGCAGGGCUAUCAACAACCUUUCACCUCAUGAUUUCACUCACAGCAUGUUUGCCUUCUUUGAUAUUAUUCAAAGUGAGCAAUGCUCCGGGAACCAAUAUUGAUACAUCCGAGAAGAAGAAGCUGACCCCUUAUGAUGAUGCACAAGGAAGAAGUAAGACCGGAGUCAAAGGAGCUGGUUUUAUUCACAGGUUGAUACAAAGAUUCGUCAAGAAAAUCAAGCUAUGUUCUUCAAUCUCAAGAACUUACCAGUAAAAAUGAGAUCGAUUAAGAGUACCUUUUACAAUUUCCAACUUCCAAGUAUGAGUUGUGUCUAUCUUGUUUUGUAACUUUUUUAUAUUGUAUGCAUGCAUGUCCUACUAUAUCUAAAAAAGGUGAAUUUGUGAUCAGAAGGUGGCAAUAGAAGACAAACUUGUGUUAUUUCAAUUGAUACAACUCUAAUCAAAGACGUACCAAUCAACCUCCACUCAUCUGUGGCCCUAACUAAUCUCCACACAUACACAAAAAAAAAACUGCCUGUCAACCUUGCUAAAAAUAAAUCAUUUAACAAAAAAUAACAAGUCUUUUUUAAAAAUGGAAAUUCAAAAAGCCAAGUUCAAGUAUUGAGAGAGAUUGUGAGCUCAAAACUUAUGAAGGCAUGAAACGUUCACAAUCUUUUUUUUUUUGAAGUAUAUUGAAAAAGAGCUAGAAAAAUAUAUUUCUAAAUUUGUUCAAACAAGAAUUUGCAUCAAGCAGCCAUUUUCUUGAAGCAGUUGAAACUUGAAACUGGUUGAGCCUUUGUCUAAAAGGAAGAGUCGUGUUAGUUCUGAUGAUUCCACGUGGCCCAAUUAAAUGGCAUAUUUAGAUUCGGUCGUUGUUAGCAUUCUAAACAUUCCUGGCCCACUGACUUCACUGUUCCGUACAUAUUUUAUAGGAAGAUGGCAAAGAAAGUAUUUCCCUUACAGUUGGCAACUAAAAUGAUUUCCUUAUAUAAAACUGUUUUUUUUUUCUGGUCAAAUUUCUUAAAGUUGUCUAAAAUUCAAGUUCGCCCUUGUGUUUGUUUUGUCCGUGCAUGUUUGUUUUCUGACAGAGGUAACAUAUAUAUAUAUAUAUAUAUAUAUAUAUAUAUAUAUAUAUUUAAUUAACAGAGGUAACAUAUAUGUAAACGUUACCCUUUUAACAGCCUCCAGUUAUUUGAUGAGAGGAAGAACAAUGAUACUAAGAGUAUUUCCAAUCCUUUGUUAUUUCUCUAUAAUAGAGAUUUCUAUUUUUUCUUUUAUUUAUAGAUGAAAAAAAGACUCUUCUAUUUUUUAUUUACAUUUAAAAAUUACUAUUUUAGAAAAAUACAUUGGAACAUAUCGUAUUUUUAUUAUAGAAUUUUUCUAUUUUGGAGGUGAAAAUAACAAAAUACAAUAUAAAUGGUCUAAAAAUUAAUCGUUCCGUUGUAAAAAAAAAUAGUCGUUCCGUAACAUUUUUAUAAUGUUAAUAGAAGACUUUUUUCUCUAAAAAAAACAUUUUUAUAGUGUAUACAUGUUCUUAGUGUUAGGAACAGAAGUUCUACAUCGAGUACUAGAAGGGAUAUUAGUAGAGAUAAAUGGACCACUUCUCUUUAUCACAAUUGAUGAAUUUGUGAUGAGAAAUUGUUCCAGAAAACCCGGGCCUUUCUCAAAAGAGAUAUUGUUCCAGCAAAAUUGUAUCAUUUUUUUUGAAAAAAAGGCUUAGCAAAAUUGUAUCAUCCAACCACAGAAUAUCAAACUUGUCCAAUCCUCUUUAACGUUGCAAUCAACGUCUACUCCUCCGGUCCUCCUAAACCCUACAGAGAAGAAAAUUACAGGUUUCAACAAAAAGGAAACAAGACUAACAUCAAAUCAGAGUGCUUAAUUUACUAAUUUCAAGAAUCCCUUUACGUCCACAUCAUAUGUUUGGUUGUCGUGUUGAUGUUAAGUCCAAAUCCCAUAUUAGACUACUGGUAGCUUUUUAUUUUGCUUCCUCUAUAUAAUAGCAUAUGUAUACAAAUACUUGA